AGCCCGGAGAGGAACCGCCCAGGCUCUGUGUCCAGAGCGGGUCCUCCCUGUUUUCACGAAACCCGGACCCCAGCCCUAGAAGACGGUGGCCCGGGAGCCAUGGGUGACUGGGGCUUCCUGGAGAAGCUGCUGGACCAGGUCCAGGAGCACUCGACGGUGGUGGGCAAGAUCUGGCUGACGGUGCUCUUCAUCUUCCGCAUCCUCAUCUUGGGCCUGGCCGGGGAGUCGGUGUGGGGCGACGAGCAGUCAGACUUCGAGUGCAACACGGCGCAGCCGGGCUGCACCAACGUCUGCUACGACCAGGCCUUCCCCAUCUCCCACAUCCGCUACUGGGUGCUGCAGUUCCUCUUCGUCAGCACGCCCACCCUCGUCUACCUGGGCCACGUCAUUUACCUGUCUCGGCGCGAGGAGCGACUGCGACAGAAAGAGAGGGAGCUGCAGGCCCUGCCAGCCAAGGACCCGCAGGUGGAGCGGGCGCUGGCAGCCGUGGAGCAUCAGAUGGCCAAGAUCUCGGUGGCGGAGGAUGGCCGCCUGCGCAUCCGCGGGGCGCUGAUGGGCACCUACGUGGCCAGCGUGCUGUGCAAGAGCGUGCUGGAGGCGGGCUUCCUCUAUGGCCAGUGGCGCCUCUAUGGCUGGACCAUGGCGCCCGUGUUCGUGUGCCAGCGUGCACCCUGCCCCUACCUCGUGGACUGCUUCGUGUCUCGCCCCACGGAGAAGACCAUCUUCAUCAUCUUCAUGCUGGUGGUCGGACUCAUCUCCCUGGUGCUCAACCUGCUGGAGCUGGUGCACCUGCUGUGCCGCUGCCUCAGUCGGGGGCUGCGGGCACGGCAGGGCCAGGGCGCCCCCCCAGCCCAGGGCACCGCCUCAGACCCUUACGCCGACCAGGUCUUCUUCUACCUCCCCAUGGGCGAGGGGCCCUCGUCCCCACCAUGCCCGACCUACAACGGGCUCUCGUCCAGCGAGCAAAACUGGGCCAACCUGACCACCGAGGAGAGGCUGGCUUCCUCCAGGCCCCCCCUGUUCCUGGACCCACCGCCCCAGAGUGGCCGGAAAUCCCCCAGUCGCCCUAGCAGCUCAGCUUCCAAGAAGCAGUAUGUGUAGGGGGGUGGGUGCUGAGGCUUGUCACCCAGCAGAGGGAUCCUGAGACGGGUGGCUGCCUUGGAUGUCCCCUCGGCCAAGGCUCAGCGGAGAGGACGGAGCUCAGAAAACCAGAGCUGGCUGGCAGGUCAUUCUGGAACACUCAGGCCAUCCUGGUGACCGGAGGGCACGGUGGCUUCCUCUGUAGAACGUGGCUUUGUCACAGGCACAGACAGAGCUGGCCCAGCCUGCCUUUGGCCAAGGGUGCCGCGUGGACCCUUUGUUCAUUUUCACCUGGUCCAGAGGGACCCAGAGCCAACGUUUGCCCCACCCCCACCCCGCUGGAAUCCGCCUGUGCCUGGGCUGUCCGCACGCCCUCUGCUCCCAGGCAAAAGCUGCUGGGUCGGCCCUGACCACACAGCCAGACAGAGCCUGCGCUGGAUCUGGGCCUGGCGACAGGACUGGGGCCUUGUUCCCAUCACUCCUUCCUAGUUCCG